CGAGUCGCCGGGAGAAGUUUGAAAAUAAACGUGAAACUUUUUGCUUUUUCUUCUUUGAACGUCCAGACUGUUUUAUUUAUCGCUUUUCGGACACGUUUGGGUGUAAUUUCACGAAAACGACGAGUCGAAGUCCGCAACACUAAGCAGAGGAAGCGCGUUUUCAGGCAGCGAUGUCCUCCCCGUCUGAAGAGCCGUCACCCAGUAUGUCUGCCGUCCUCUCGUCUGCGCUGACAGCUGCUGUGUCGGCUGCCCUGGCGGUGGCCACAGCGGUGGAUGCCAAGGCGGAUCUUGCCAAACUGCUAGACGAGUGGGAAGAAGCGCGGCGGGGCGCCACAGAGCAACUGGUGCCCGUCCUGACCAAAAUAUCUGAACUAAUUGAACGGGAGACUACAGAAUAUAACAAAGCGGACCCAGAUCCAUUUGAUGAUCGUCACCCAGGACGAGCGGACCCGGACUGUAUGCUCGGACAGCUGCUGAAGAUGCUCUUUAUGAAUGACGACUUCACUAAUUCGCUCUUGGACUCUUACAUAAUGUCCAGUCGAGAGCUGAACCUCAACACAGYGGCCUGUCGGCUCCUUCAGAACAUCAUGCCGGCUCUGGAUGCCACUGUGGUCUUUGAAGAAAAGGAAGGCCUCAUUGCAAAGUUGUUCAGUUGGGCCCRUGAAGCUGAGCGACCGCUGUGCAUCUACGCCACAGGCCUGCUGGCCAGAGCCAUGAGCAACCAGGAUGUGGCAGCCAAGUACAAAGAGGAGAACGUUCAGCUGGUUUCCAUCAUGAUUAAUCGUCUGCGUGAGCUGCAAGCCUCAGAGGCCUCAAGCCACUUUAUUCCCACCCAGACUGGCCAGAACCUACCUCAGGACUCUCAGGAUGAAACCGAUCGAACCUCAGGCGUCGCAACAACGCGACAAAGCAAGACAAAGCKGGAAGACGCUGGCGAGGAGGACGAGGGGAAAGGAAAGGAUGAAGAGAGCAGCAGCUCUGCAACAAAAAUCAAACCUCAGUUCCCAUCGUGUUCAACACAGAGAAAUGAUGGUUGUAGCAGCAGCCCCACCUGCCAAAUUCCAGACUCACCUUACCCCCCAGAAAGAGCAGAUUCAGCCUGGAAGAAGAUGGAGGCCACUCAGGGAGAAGGAGGAGGAGGAGGAGCGAAGAAACAGGCUGUAAAAGAGAAUGGGAGGAAGGCUAAGCAGAAGCUCAACUUCACGGUCUCCUCCAGGAGGAGUGAGGAGGAGGAGGAGGAGGAAGGCAGGGCUGAAACCAGCAAACCACAGCCCAGCAGCUGGUCCUGGUCUGAGAUGAGCUCGGUUCUGAUCGGCUCUGAUUACUGCCUUUCUCCUCUGAGCCCCGCCAUGGAGCAGAGGCUCAUCCUGCAGUAUCUGACCCCCCUGGGAGAAUACCAGGAGCUGCUCGCAGUCUUCAUGCAACUCGACACCCGGUCGCUGCUGAUGAAUUACAUCGAACUCAGGAAGACGAAACACGUCCAGCUCACCUUCGAUGCUCUCCUGUUUCUCUCUGCGCUGCUGCUGCAUAAAAAGUUUGCUGCAGAGUUCAUCGCUCACGGAGGAGUGCAGAAACUUCUGGAGAUCCCGAGGCCUUCGAUGGCGGCGACAGGAGUUUCUCUAAGCCUCUACUACCUGGCCUACAACAUGGACACGAUGGAGAGGGUGUGCAUGCUCCCAGAGGGUGUGCUGUCAGAUCUGGUGUCCUACGCUCUGUGGUUGCUGGAGUCGUCCCACACGUCAGGCGUCUGCCACGCCACCAUAUUUUUCUCCAUUUCAUUCGCAUUCAGGGCGGUGCUGCAGCUGUUCGACCAGCAGGAUGGCCUGCGCAGACUCGUCAACCUGAUCAGCACUUUGGAGAUCCUGAACACAGAAAACGAGGCGUCCGUAAUGAACGAUGACCRGGUCUUCUCCAGCCGACAGACGGUCCGGCACACGUGCAUGGCACUGCGCAGGUACUUCGAGGCUCACCUUGGAGUGAAGACUGAACAGGUGAAACACUCCCUGCACAGCUCCGACAGUGGCUCUGUUGUUCCCCACCAGCCCCCUUACAAGGGCUGUACGUACACCAGAGAGCAAGUAAUUGAGAUGAUGGAGUUUCUUAUCGAGUGCGGACGUCCUCAGUUCCACUGGGAAGCAGUCGAAGUCUUCUACAAGCUGUCCUGUGUUCCUUUAAUGUUGCAGCUCAUUUCCAGAGCUGCCGACUGGAAGACCUACAUCGGCAGGAGCGACAUAGCGCGCUAUUCAUUGGACAUCCUGGCUAUCUUGACGGUGGUUCCUAAAGUCCAGUUGGUGCUGGCUGACACCGUAGAGGUUUUGGAUGAAAACAGGUCGACUGUUUCCACAGUAGGUAUGAGCAUCAUUCUGGGUGUUGCUGAGGGCGAUGUGUUUGCUAAUGAUGCUGAAAUUCAAAAGUCUGCGCUACAAGUGGUGAUAAAUUGUGUGUGCGCUCCAGAAAAAAACAUCAACACCCUUGGUGUUUUUGCACCAACAUUGUUUAAGUUGGUGCUGACCAAGAUGUGGCAACUAGUGCAGAGCAAUAAUGGUAUAAAGGUGCUUCUGUCUCUGCUGUCGGUGAAGGUGCCCAUCACAGACGCAGACCUGAUCCGUGCUCUGAGCUGCAAGGCUCUAGUUGGACUUUCCCGCAGUGCUGCCAUCAGACAGAUCAUCAGCAAGCUGCCGCUCUUCUCCAGUGGCCACAUUCAACAGCUGAUGAAGGAGCCGGUGCUGCAGGACAAACGAAGCGAGCACGUGCGCUUCUGCCACUAUGCCGCCGAGCUGAUGAAGCGAGUGUCCGGCAAGCCUCUCCUCAUGGGGACUGACGUCUCCCUGGCUCGUUUGCAGAAGGCUAAUGUGGUCGCCCAGUCACGCAUCGCAUUCCCCGAGAAGGAACUCCUCAUCCUGAUCAGGAACCACCUCGUGGCCAAAGGACUCCACGAAACGGCAAACACCCUCGUCAAAGAGGCAAACUUACCCUCGGUGUCUUCCCUCUGUCCAAACUCCUCCUACGUUUCCCCUCUGCCUCCCGCUUCAGUACCCAGGACUUGUCGGUUAGCCGGCGGGAUCGCGGCUCGUGUUGCCGGCCAUUUUGGAACCUCUCCCGUGUCCUCGGGUGCGUCGGCCUCUCGAUCGCUCGUCAUUCCUCACUCAUCGAGCUCCGUGGCUUCUACCUCAGCAGUCCUGACUCCUCAUACCCCUCAUCCUGCACCUAACGGACAGGGCUCACAUCCUGUCGGCCGGAUUCUGUUCUCACGUGAUCGCCCUUCGGGCAGCUGCAACUCAGGGAAGAAACUCCGUGCACUAAAACAGAAAUCUGACCACGGUGCUUUUAUACAGACUCCAGCUAUAAAAAAACAGCUGGAGCUCCACGUUCCUUCCCCGCCGACCUUGGACAGCAUCAUCACAGAGUACCUGAGGGAACAACAUGCCCGCUGCCGCAACCCUGUCACCACCUGCCCCCCGUUUUCCCUUUUUACUCCUCACCGCUGCCCCGAGCCCAAGCAGAGGCGCCAGGCAUCACCCAACUUCACUACCCGCCUGGGGAGCAGGGUGCUGUACCCAAAAUAUGGAGGCGUGGACAGAGGGUGUCUGGAUAGACACCUGAUAUUUAGCAGGUUUCGUCCCAUGACUAUGUUCCACGAGGGCGAUGGAGACGAGAGCAGCUUCACCUGCUGUGCCUUCUCAGCCAGCGAGCGUUUCCUGAUUCUGGGGACCGUCUCCGGUCACCUCAAACUCUACAAUAUCUUCACAGGACAGGAGGAGGCCAACUACACCUGCCACACCUCUGCCAUCACGCACCUGGAGCCCGCCAGGAACGGCAAACUGCUUCUCACCUCUGCCUCCUGGAGUGUCCCCCUGUCGGCUCUCUGGAGCACGGAAGACGUCUUUAGCAUGAAGAACUCCUUUGCAGACGAUCACUACGUUGAGUUUAGUAAACUCUGUCAGGACAGAGUCAUCGGCACCAAAGACCAAGUUGCUCAUAUCUACGACAUCCAGACAGGUCAGAAGACUCUGACCCUGAUUGACCCCGCCCUGGCCAACAAUUACAAGAGGAACUGCGCCACCUUCAACCCCACCGACGACCUGGUGCUAAACGACGGCGUGCUGUGGGACGUGCGGGGGUCGCGAGCCAUCCAUAAGUUCGACAAGUUCAACAUGAACAUCAGCGGGGUUUUCCAUCCCAACGGCCUGGAGGUCAUCGUUAACACGGAGAUCUGGGAUCUGAGGACCUUCCACCUCCUGCACACGGUUCCUGCCCUGGAUCAGUGCAGAGUGGUCUUCAACAGCAACGGCACCAUCAUGUAUGGAGCGAUGCUACAAGCUGACGAUGAGGAAGAUGUCAUGGACCAGCAGAUGAAGAGUCCCUUUGGUUCAUCCUUCAGAACCUUUGAUGCCACAGACUACGAGCCUAUCGCCACAGUGGAUGUAAAGAGAAACAUCUUUGAUCUGUGUACUGAUACUAAGGACUGCUACCUGGCUGUCAUAGAGAACCAGGAUUCAAUCAGCUUGGACACAAUCUGUCGUCUUUAUGAAGUGGGCCGGCAGAAGUUGGCCGAGGAAGGAGGCGACGAUCAGGAUGAUGAGGAUCAGGACAACAAUGAUUCCUCAGACUCAGACGACGACGACGACGACGACGAUGAUGAUGUGCUCGAUAUCGACCCCCUCAUUCAGGAACUCGCAGAUAUUGAAGAACAGGAAAACGAAGAACGGGAAAACAGGGACGGCGCUAAUUUGCCUGCAGACGAAGAGGUAGCUGAAGAGUCUUUGCUUCCUCUCCAGUUGGCAGACAUUUUCGGCAGCAGUAGCAGCAGCAGCAGCAGUGAUGACAACAAUAACGACGACGAUGAUGAUGAUGAUGAUGAUGACUCCGAUUCAGAUCAAGAUGGAGCUGAUGCAAUUUUUGGAGACGGAUCUGAUGAUGAUGAUGAUGAUGAUGAUGGCUCUGAGCUGUUUCAGUCCCUCCCUGACAGAUGGUUUUCAUGACAUAAAUAAAAACCUGGCCCCUCGUCCCCCCUUGCUGACAAUGUGAAUCUGUCUUUAGAGAAAUGACAGAAAAUUGAACCUUAAAUCCACAAAUUUCUAAAAAAAAAAAAAAAAAAAAAUUGCAGACAUUAAUUUUUUCUGCCUCUUGUUUCAGUAUUUAUAAAAGUUUUGAAAUGUGUGUUUUAUUUGGCAGAAAUGAUGCUCUGUUUUUUUAGUUCAAAUCAGAGAAAUGUGAAACCACACAGAUGACCCUUUUUUACCUUUUAUGCAAAACAAUGUAAAAUAUUAAGGUUUGUGCAAAAUAUAAAGAGUAUCUCUACCCAACAAAUGUCUUAUUUUUAUUAAACUGUUGUCUUGUGUUGUUGCAGUCACUGUAGGUGAUUUUAUAUUUUCUCUCUAAUGUGGAAAUGUUUGACUUUUAGAUCAAACAAACUAAAGAUGAUGUCCAGCAGUAAAAAAUAAAAAUAAUUCUGAAACCAGCAGCUGAGUGAGUCCACAGAGCUCAAACUGCAGCAGAUAAUCUGAAUGUGAGUCUGAGAAAGAUUUGUUUAUUUAAUUUAGUUAUUUUCAUGUUUGCAGGUCUUUUUCAGGGAUAAUUUUACUUUUUAUGAAAGAAAACAUAUAAAGUAAUCACAGCAGAUACUGUUUUUAUUAAUUUGAGUCUAAAGUUGAACUAACAGCACUGAAUAUUUGGAUUAGUGUUUUUUAGUAAUUUUUUUGAGUGUGUUUUCUGAAAAAAAGAUAAUUGUUUUAUUACUUGUAAGUUUUUGAUAAAACACAAAUCUUUGUUUAAAAAAAAUCGUCAAAAACCAUAAAAUCUGUGCAGGAUGAGCUGGGUAAAAUGCAUCAAAGCAACAGUAAAUCUACUUUAUUUAUCUUCUUAUUUCAGUGUGAGGUUUUUGGUAAAGUUUUUAAUGAUUUCAUAGAUUAAAAAGAAAUGAAGAAAUAUAAAAGAUGUUAAAAACCGAAAAAAAAUCAAAAUUUUAUUAGUUUUCUUUCUUCAUUAAGUUAUGAAUAUUCUAAACUUGUUCAUUUGUAUUUAUGAAUAAUCUGACAUCUCAACACGUUUAUUUUCUUUCUUAAUAAAUACUGACAGAUUGGCCCUUGUCUUCCACCAAGUUUUUAAUUUUGGCUCCUGUUUUGUAACAUUUGCUCCGUUUGAAUUAAUUUUUUUGUGUUUUUUGUAGUUUUUAGUUGUGUGGAUCUGAGGUUAAAGCCUGGAGUUUAAAACUGAGAUGCAACRGUUAAUUUGGUGCUCAAGUUCUUCUAAUUUCAAUCAGUUCUUUGUUUUUCUGUGUUCUCACUUAUUGAAAAGUCUUCCUUUACAGGAAUUUAAUUAAACUAAAGUUUUUCAGUUGCUACAGGGUUUUAUUGAACACAAACUUGUUAUUACAGUUUUAUAUUUGUUUACUUUGUUGAACAAUAUAAUUUAACAAAAUAGCAAUCUUUGGUUUGAAGGUACUUUUCAUCAUCAGCUAAAGCUCUUCGCAGCAGUUUGGCAGCAGAUCAUGCUGAGAUUAACUGACAUAACGGACAAACUUUGUGCUGUUUUAUUCUGAAACAAUCAGAAAUGAAGAGCUCCAUUUUGGUUAUUUUAAGCCAUAAUCAUCGUUUUAUUUAUUUAUUUAUUUUAAGAGUGAAUUCUUUUGGUCACAUGAAUACAGUUUUCAAAACCUGAAUGAAUGUAUCUUAAGAUUAUCUGUACAGCUGGACAAUGUUAGCCGUUUACAGCUUGAAUACUUUCAGGUUUCAUUUUAGUUGUUUUUUUAAGGGGGCAUGGGGUCAAUUUUGCAGCUGUAAAAUGUUUUUUUUAACAGAUUGUGUCUGUAAAUAUGUUUGGAUUGUUUGAAUUGAUUACAUUUAUCAGUUUGUUCUUUUUAAAAUAAAAACAUUUAUUCUGUGCA